GGUGAUAUUGUCAGAAAUGGAUGUCACUUUGUAGCAAUAGGACACCCAUUAGGACCAUAUACACAUAUAGAAUGGAGAAUAUCCUUUUCUCAAGCAGAAUACAAACUUGUGUACUCUAUGAACCACUGUCAGUUUUUGACAUAUGGGUUGUUAAAACUUUUCUUAAAAGAAGUAUUAAAUCAGCAAUCAGAAGAAACCAAUAAACUGUUGUGUUCCUAUCACAUGAAGACAACUAUUUUCUGGGCCAUUCAACAAAACAUGCUACCUCACUGGUGUCCACAAAAUCUCCUGGCCGGUUUCUGGGUCUGCUUUAAACUCCUCUUAAGAUGGGUGUAUGAGAGGAUCUGUCCUAACUUUUUCAUUCCACAAAACAACCUGUUUCUGACAAAGGUCCAUGGCUCAGCACAAAACAGAUUGUUCCUACAGUUACAUGAAUUGUACAAGAAAGGUCUGGCCUGUCUGUUACAGAGUUCCUCUAUCAGGUCCUACAUCAUUGAUGUCCUGUACAAUCCGAGACUUUCUAUUUGUACAGAUGAGAGUAUCAUGAGAUCAGAAGUUGAUUAUGAUAGAGAAGUAAUCACUGAGAAGGGAUAUGUUAAUAUUACUGGUGUGGAUCUGUGUUAUAUUACCAAAGCCAUACACACGAUAGAACAGUAUGUGGAGUCACCAAAGUCACUUUAUCAAGUUGUUACAUUAAGGUAUCUUACAGCGGUAAUUUUUCAACAAACUGCUUUUUUAUUACAAAACAUGUAUACUAACAAAAGAGCCAACAAACAGAUGUAUAUUGCAGACAAAAAAUCCUGUCACAUGCUGAAAUUAGCUGCCAAGUUUGGGUGUGUAUCUGACAUGUUGUACAUUGCCAUGUAUUAUUACAAGACACUCAGAUACAGAGAAGCUUUAUCUGUUAUAGAGAUGACAAAGGUCAAGUUAGCACAGCCAUAUCUGAUGUAUAAUAGACAUGUAGACAGAGAGAGGUAUACUGAGGCUGUUGGGGGACAGUCCUGGUCUACAAAGAUGAGACAGGCUGUAGCAGAGGAUAUCGGACUUGACAACAGAAUAUGUUAUGUCAGUGAACUAAUACCAGAACAACAGUCUGCUCUACAGAACAGCGGGUAUACAUUAUAUAUCCCAGUGUUUGUACUGUUACACUUCCUAGAGUUCUUGAGUUACAGACACUUUGAUACAACAUUAACACAAGCAGCUCUAGAUGAGCUACAGGUCCUAGUCCACCAUGAUCAGGGACUGUAUAUAGAUGUUCUAUCCAGAGACAUCUCCUGGGAGAUCCUGGGGAUCUGUCAACAGAUGACAGGGAACCUCCAGGCUGCUCUAUACUCAUACCAACAGUCACUAAUCUCAGAGUAUUUAUCCAAUGGUAUACAAACUGCUACACAGGGUAGAAUACAGGAUAUGGUUCAGUUAACACCACACCAGUAUCAGUAAUUUGGAAUAUAUAUCUGUCUUAAAUGAAAAGUCGUUGACAAAAAUAAUAUGACUGUAUGUAUAGAUAUAUGUAUAGAUUUUAACACAGUAAAAUUGCAUGCACUUAGUUUCAUCCCCAUAUCUAUAUAUAAUUCUUAAAUUACAAAAAUGAUGUAGACCAGCAUAUACUUUGGAGAGCAGAACAUCAUAUCUGGGUCCCCGGAGAUAACUAAUGUAUUCAGCGAUCUUUGUAAGGCCAUGAUGUCCGAUGACGAGAGCCGAUCACCAGUUUACUCACCAGUCAAGACAAAGAUGUCUGUGUUUGUGAGACUCAACGAACCCCCAUUAAAAAUACCACUUGGUGAUAGUUUGGAGAAACCUGAGAUGUAGUGAAAUAAUACAUAGGGCAGAGUCAGUGUUUUAAAUAUUCAUGUUGUAAAGAAGCAGGGAAAUGAUGACAAAGCCAAGGAGAGGUGUUCUGGAUCUAACAGUGUUGGAUCUGGACACCAUCUGGACCGAUCCAGGGAACCUGUUCUGGAUGAACAAAUGUGCUGUUCUAUAUAGACAAAAUUACUGUGAAUAAGAUUCUGUGCUUAUUGCUCAUGGUGAUUAAAACUUAUAACACAUUCAACUCUCUUUGCGUUUAGACUCGGAGUCUGAUUUAUCUUAUCUAUCAACAACGUAGACAUGUAACAUGCGUUACCUUGGAU